AUGCUCCCUAUUCCGGCGUUCGGCGCUGCCCGCGCCGCCGCAGCUGCAGGUGUGCGUACACCUGGGCUCUCGCUGCGGCUGCAGCAGCCGCUGCAGCAGCAGCAGCCGCUGCAGCAGCCGCUGCUGCAGCAGCAGCAGCAGCAGCUUGCUGCUGCUGCUCUGAGUUGCGCGCUUCCGCGCGCCUCCGCGCUCUGUUUCUCCACCGCCGCGGCCAGCAGCAGCAGCAGCAGCAGCAGCAGCAGCAGCUUGAGCAGCAGCAUAAGCAGCAGCAGCAAGUUCAGCCGGCACAGCGUGGAGGGCCGGUACGCGCAUGCACUAUUUGCUGCCAGCAGCGCAGCAGGAAACGUGGAGCAGGUGCAGCAGGAGCUGCAGCUGCUGCUGCAGCUGCUGCAGCAGAGCCGCGACUUCGCAGCUUUUGCUGCUGCUGCUGGCCUGGCAGCAGACACGAAGCAGGCCGUGCUGCAGCAGCUUGCUGCUGCUGCUAAACUCUCCAAAACCAGCAGCAACUUCUUAUUUGCUGCUGCUGCUAAUAAGCGUUUGCAAAACCUCAAAAACAUUAUUGCUGCUUUUCUCGAGCUGUACAGACACCACAAACGCCAGCUCCAGUGCACCAUUACUUCGGCCAAGACACCAGGAGACCCCUAA